AUGGUUGCGAUCCGACAGUUGGCCUACGGCACCACAGCGGAUAUGUUCGACGAGUACCUUCACGUCGGGGAGACAACUGGCCGCAGUUGUCUAAAGAAUUUUGGUAAGGGAGUUGUGGAGGCUUUUGGCGACACAUAUUUGCGACGCCCGACUGCGGAUGAUUGCCAGAGCCUGAUGAGGAUGCACGAGACGGGGAAGAACUUCCUGACGGCAUGGAGAGGCCAAUCUACUAGUGGCUACAAGGGCAGCCACCCGACGAUGAUCCUCGAAGCCGUCGCUGACCACCACCUCUGGAUUUGGCAUGCCUACUUCGGUGUAGCCGGGUCGAACAACGACAUCAACCUCCUCAACUCGUCCACCCUCUUCGCCGAUCAGUGCAGGGGUCGCGGCCCGACCAUCGAGUUCACUGCCAACGGCCGCAGAUAUCAUAUGUGGUACUAUUUGGCCGAUGGCAUAUACCCAAGGUGGUCUGUUUUUGUGAAGACGAUCACCUGCCCAAUUGGAGACAGGAGAGUCUUGUUUGCGGCAAAGCAGGAGUCUAUGCGGAAGGAUGUGGAACGGGCUUUUGGGGUGCUCCAAUCGCGGUGGGAAAUCGUGAAAGGUCCAGUGCAUUUCUGGUUCAAGGAAGUCAUCGCCGACGUCAUGUAUGCGUGCGUCAUCAUGCAUAACAUGAUAGUCGAACAAGAAGUUGGACGUGUCACCGAUUGGGUGGAUGAUGAGGCCGGAUCAAGCUCCAGCACUACGACCCCGCCUGUGACUCGAGGAUUACCGAUGGGCUUCGGUGAGGUUCUAGAGAGACAUACCUCAAUGCGCAGCCAACAAGACCAUGUGCAGCUCAUGAACGACAUGAUUGAAGAAGUUUGGGGCGCCACGGCCAUUGAGCAUUUGUAG